AUGCCACAUGAGGAAGAAAUACCAUCAGAAGAACUCCAAAGGCUGGUAGAUUUAGCUGGCGAUGGAGAGCAAAGUCUGAUAAUCGGUACUGACGCCAACGCACAUCAUACGCUUUGGGGAAGCACUGACAUCAAUGACAGAGGUGAGUCUCUUUUUAAUUACAUAAUACAAAGUAGGCUUAGUGUAGCUAACAGAGGAGAGGAACCGACCUAUGUUGGACCGACCUCCAGAAACGUUCUAGAUAUAACACUCUUCACGGAAGAUAAUGUACAGGUGAUAGAAUGGAAGGUUCUUAACGAACCAUCAUUUUCAGAUUACAAAUAUAUUAGUUUCCAAAUAGAUUCUCAGUACCUUAAAAGCAGAAAAGUUGUAAGAAAUCCCAAACAAACGAAUUGGGACCUUUAUCGAAAAAUUCUGAAACAGAGACUGAAAAAAAUUACGACAAUUGAUUCUUACGUGGAUCUGGAAGCUAGGCUUGACCAACUUACCAGAGCCCUAACUAUAGCGUACCAUAUCGCGUGCCCGCCAAUGCGUAAAAAACGUAGAUCUCAACCUCCUUGGUGGAAUAAGGAAUUGGGAUCAAAAAGACGCUACGUUCGCGAAAUCUUCAAGCUGGCUCAGCUAGCAGAAAGUGAAGUCAUCUGGGAAGAGUACAGAGAUAUUCUUAAGCAAUACAAAAAAGACAUUCGAAAUGCGAAAAGAAGGAUUUUUGCGCAGGUAUAG